AUGGCCGAGUUCAUUGUGAUCGAAGGGAAGGGUAUAUCGUUGAUGGUAAGAGAGACGGCCAUCAGGCUGAACGUUCUCAAAAUUGGUGUUAAUAUUGCUAUUGACAUUGCCAGCUCGGUGAAACAACAAUUUCCCAAAGUUUUCAAUGGUGUUGGUAAGCUUAAUACCAAACAAGUUUCUUUACAUAUCGACCCAGAGGUAACUCCUGUAGCCCAGCCACUGAGUCGCACUCCAUUCAAUCUGAGAGGAAAGGUGGAGGAGAAAGUAGAGGAAUUAGUGAGAUUUGACAUAAUCGAACCACUAGAUGGACCGACCCCUUGA